UUUGUAUCAGGUUGAAUGUCUCUUAAUUUUGGAUUUUCAUUUUGUUGAAUUUCAUUUUCAGUUUUCUUUUUUAAUCUGAAUUUUCGCAUAUAUUCGAGCUUCUUUUCUUUAUUUUUUUGGUUGUAUGUUCGAUUAUGUUCUCGUCUUUUUUCUCUAUUAUUUCGCUCGUAUUCUCUUCUAACUUUAGCCGACCUUUCCUUAUUUUUCUGUUUGUAGUCUUUCAUAUAUUCUUGCAAUUUUUCUUUGUUAUUUUGGUAGUAUUCUUUUCUAACUUUAUCCAAUCUUUCUUUAUUUUUCUGAUAAUAUUCUUGCCAUUUUUCUUUGUUAUUUUCGUAAUACUUGCGAAUCUUAUUUUUAUUCUUUUGUUCGUAUUUUUCUUUUUUCUCCAGCUUUUCUUCCUCAUUAUUUCCAAUUUUGUCCUUUUUAGUGAUUUUAGUAAACUUUGUAUUUAAAGCCUCAUUAAGAUUAGAUUGAGAUGGAGCAUCUAUCUGAGGAUGAAUAUUUCCUUGAUCAAACUGAACGUUCUCUUUAGAAACAAUCGGCUCCUUUCCUUUAUUUCCACAAUCAUUUUUCUCUGGAUUAAUAAAAGAUGUUCCUUCGCUAUUAUGAGCCUGAAUAUUUAUUAAUUUUGGAUUUUCAUUUUGUUGAAUUUCGUUUUCAGUUUUCUUACUUAAUCGGUAUUUUCGAUUAUAUUCUUGCUUUUUUUCUUUAUUAUUUUGGUAGUAUUUUCUGCUAGCUUUACACAAUCUUUCUUUAUUUUUCUGAUAGUAGUCUUUUUCUUUUCUAUCUUGGUAAUAUUUUCGAAUUUUUUCUAUAUUCUUUUGGUAGUAUUUUUUAUGUGCAUCUUUUUUCUUUGAUUUUUUUCAUUUUUAUUAUUUCCAAUUUCGUCUUUUUUAGUGAUUUCAGUAA